AUGGCCUCCAGUGACCCUGACCUUCCUGACCCCUCUGGUGACCCACAGCCCGGUGACCUCAUUGAGAUCUUCAGACCAGCCUAUCAGCACUGGGCUCUCUACCUGGGAGACGGUUACAUCAUCAACUUAACUCCUGUUGGUCAAGCCAGGCAGCCUGCCAUGUCCAGUGUGAAGUCUGUCUUCAGCAGGAAGGCAGUGGUGCGCAUGCAGCUGCUGAAGGAGGUGGUGGGAAGCGACUCGUACCGCAUCAACAACAAGUACGACCACAACCACACACCCCUGCCUGUCUGUGAAAUCAUCCAGCGAGCACAAGUCCUCAUUGGCCAGGAGGUGUCUUAUGACCUGCUUGGGAGCAACUGUGAGCACUUUGUUACCCUUCUGCGCUACGGGGAGGGGGUGUCCGAGCAGGCUACACGGGCCAUUGGGGCCAUCAGUUUGGUGACGGCAGCAGCCAGUGCCUUCUCUGUCCUGGGACUGAUCAACACACGAUCCAGAAACAGGCCUUUCUGACAGCUGUGAUCUUCACUGAAUUGCGUUGUCUCCCAACAUUCAUGCGGCUGUGAUAAAAAGAAUUAAAUA